GCCCUUACUGAUGAGAUCAGAAUGUGGAAUGUAAUACUCCAUUCCCAUUACGAUCUCCUCAGUAAUGGCAACGGCACUGGAUGAUAGGUCCUUUUCAUUGAAGCAGCGCUGCUUCCAAGGGACAGACGCAAAGUAAUCGCGCAUACCAUCCCAAUCUGCCGACCCAUAGUGCCAGACCCUGCGUUUGACCACCAAUGGUCGAGGGGUUUUGGCCUGUGGCACCUUGACAGAUAUCAGGCAAUGGUCUGAUGAACCCAGUGGGGCUCGAACCACAAUCUGAUACUCCUGCGGAUGGGUCGUAAGCAGAAGGUCUAGUAAAGAAGGCGCUUGACUUGCUAUAUCUGGGAUCCUGGUGGGCUGAUCAACCAGUUGUGUCAGGUCGUGCGUGAGAGCGAAUGCAUGGGCAGAGAUCCCUGCAUGGUCAGUUUUGGAAGAGCCAAGCCACAAACCGUGGUGGGCGUUAAAGUCUCCCAAAAACAACAGUUCUGCGUUGGGAAAUUGCGCCUGGGCAUCAUCUGCUACCCUACUGAGGUGGUCAAACAGUCGAGUUGUCUCUGCGUCGCCGGUGUGAGAUCUGUAGAGGCACACGUAGACUCUGGCCAAAGGACCAGAGUCUACAUGUACCGCCAACAUGGAAAAGGAGGGGUCUUCCAGGCAGCUCAAACGGCGACAACAAACAUCCGCCCGAACAUACAGGCAUACGCCGGCUUUUGCUUUGAAGGAUUCUUCAAGCGCGUAGCCGGGAUAUUUAAGGUAGCCUGUGUCAGCGGGCGGAAGUAUUUGUGUCUCUGUGAGAAACAAUAGUGCUGGCCGUGCUGUCUCAAGUUGGUGGUGGACAGCAUUGAGGUUAGAGUGGAGUCCGCGUAUAUUACAGAACUCAACCUCAAACAGCGCGGAAGGCGUGGGGGUGUGCACCGCUGUACAACCAAACUUUAUUUUACGGGCUGCCAUCAUGAGAAAAAAGUUGAAAGACGUGAAUCGAGUGGAGUUAGUCGCGACAAAGACAGGCAAAUAUAUGGAGGCACGUUUUCCCGAGUAACUGCCUGCGAAAGAGAUACGCCGACCCAACGGACGGAACGGCCCCCGCACCCUCCCGGGAGUGGCCGCCGGGACCCCACGCCCCGGUCACCAACCGGCACGACGGUCCACCCCGAGAUUAUGCGUGACAUGAUAGGGCAGCCUCACGAACUGGUUAGGAACGCUCGGGCCCCUGUACUGUGCCACGGGCGGCCAGCGGGACAGCCGUUUCUACGGGUCUCCCUGGCCGGUGGGUCGAUGCAGUCCUCCCGGCAUCGGUUCGACGGAUGCCUCCACUGGACCGAAUCUGUCGCGGCAAUCUCCACUCGAGCUCUGGUUGUACGCUGGCUGAUCCCGAAACGCGCGUGAAGUACGUCACGGGUUUUUCACCAUGCGUACGGUGGUAACAAACCAGGCGGGUGUUAGGCACCCUACCACCAGGAGAGCAGAUGGAAGCUCUGAUAUCCCUCAGUCGCUUCUUACGACACCCGCGGGAAGUGAAGGGGCGGUGAGUGGUAUUCUUUCUCCGUCACCGCACGGAAGCUUGCUUGCUUGCACCUACAUAGUUGGUGCCGCAGUCGGAAUGAAUUAUACUGACUCUGCCGCGACGAUCAACGAAACGUCGAAGAGCUGCGAUAAAUCCAUCAGAUGAGAGAUCGGAAACAGCCUCUAGAUGAAUAGCCUUGGUGGUGAGGCAAACGAAAAGACAAAAAUAUGCUUUACCUAAUUUAGCACCACGAUGCUUUCCAAGUUUUAUACGAAAUGGACCGCCAUAAUCAGUACCGACAACUGAGAAAGGUUUGACUUGAUUAAUGCGGAUUGCAGGCUAAUUGCUCAUAUACGGUUCAAGAGGCACAGGUUUUGUUUUAUAGCAUGACACACAUUUGGACAAGCAACAGCUCUUUUGGCAGAUAUAAUCCAAAAUUGUUGGUUUAAAAGAUACUGCAUUGUAUUAACACCGGCGUGACAGUUUUCACGAUGAAACGCUUCGAUAAUGAGAUAUGUAAAUCUAGAAUCACGCUGAAUCAAAGCGGGAUGCUUAUGUUCAAACUCGAGACCAGAUCUGGCUAAGCGACCGCCCACCCUGAGAACUCCAGAGGGGUCUAGAAACGGAUUAAGUUUACGCAUUUGUUUUGAAAGAAUGUGUCCUUCUUUCAACUGUCGAAUUUCAGUUACGAAGGCAAAAGAUUGAACAUGUUUGACAAUCAUCAUUAAAGCACUAUGAAGCUCUGUACGAGUAAGGAAAAGAUUAGAGCAACACGAACGCUGAUUACGAAGGAAAGAGGCAUAUGUUAACCACCAACAUAGAAUGCAUUGUAUUUUUCGAAUACAUGAAUAACGUCGAAGAAGAGUAUCGAAUAUCGAUAUUUGGUCAGUCUGGGCAUUAUCAUGGAUUAACAGAGCGCGUGGAGGCUUCCUCUCUAAGAGCAUAUCUUCUUCCUCGGAAAGAUUGAUCUGCUGAGGCCAGCGAUCGGAAGAUUCUAAAAGCCAGGAGGGCCCCGCCCACCAUAGAGUAUUGUUUACAAGAUCGGCUGGAAGCUGUCCGCGAGAAGCGAUAUCGGCGGGAUUAUCCUCAGAAGAAACAUGGUUCCAUUUUGCGAUGGGAAGGACUUCCUGUAUGUAAGCGACUCGAUUGGCGACAAAUGUCUGCCACUGAGAAGGAUGUCAGGCAAGGAAGCCAGGCAAGAACAACCAUCGAGUCAGACCACGCAGACACGAUCUGCCGAUACAUUUGUCGCAUGUUGGCCACAAAAACAACAAAGUGAACCUUAAAGUUCAAAAGUAUCUCAACAAUAUUGGUUUGUAGUUUAGGCCCUAUGAGUAAUGUAUCGUUAAGCGAAAUACCUUUAGAAUCCCUGGCAGAAGCGUUGAACACAACACGAAGUUUCGUUGUGACACUUUCCGGACGAACGACGCAGUGAUGUGGAGUGUAGUACUUUCUAGACUUUAAAUUUUCGAUAGAAACAGAGCUCAUAUGACCACUGUCUAAAUAGUCAUUCAUAAACUCAUUACAUUGCCAAUGAAGAUCGGAAUUUUGGAAAUUCUUCUUUCGAGUGAAUAUAAACAACGCAAAGCGGUGUCGCGAGAUCCGGGAAAAGAAUGUCUUCUUCUUCGUCUUUGAAGGGUAAGGUAACAACCUAUCGAUACGUGGAAUCUCGUGAGUGAGUAUUUGCGAAAAUAUUCUCACACUUAUCUUCCUCAGGAGUCAGAUGUUUUGAAUUUACGAAAUUGAAUGAAUCUAGCUCCCAAAGUUUCUGUACUUUUUCACAAAGAACGUCAUUUUUAUCAAUGAAGAAGUAUCGCACCUCUUCGUCUUUGCAACCAACAUUUCCUAACAGAAGCCAGCCAAAAACAGAGUUGAGGGCGGAGGGUUGUUUCGGUCCUCUGUCGACUCGACCGGGCAACAGUAGCGAAGUGAAGACUUCCGCACCAAGGAGAAGGUCAAUGGGGCCAGGCUUAUGACAGUUUGGAUCAGCUAAAGGUAAAUUCCUUACAUGAUGCCACGUUGCUUGGUUGAGAUGAACGGAUGGCAUCUUGCCACAUAUGUGAGGCAAUGUUAAGGCGUUAAUGGUGAAAAGCGGUUUACCAUUAGCACAAAUUUGGAGAUCAACAUUGCCUGUCACUGAAGCGGUAGACUGUCCUAAGCCAUGAACUUGACGUGACGUCGAUGUGUAAGUAAUACCUAAACGGUGAAGAGCACGUUCGGUAAUGAAAUGUGCUUGACUGCCAGAAUCAAUCAAGGCACGAAAGUUUUGAAAUAUGCCAGACUGAUCUCGUAUUUGAAUGUAGGCGGUAGAUAAUAACACGACCGAACCAUCGCCGAGACUCGUCAGAACCCUAACCUGAUUAGAGGUCUGACUGUUAUUAUUAGAUUGAUUUUGCGAAGAAACAACCGAAACAUCUUCGUGAAGAAGCGUAUGAUGUCGGUGACGACAUUUUUGACAACGGAAAAUAGAUUUGCAGUCACUAACCGUAUGAGAAGGUCGCAGACAGUUGAAGCACAGACGAUGAGAUUUAACAAACUCAAUCCGUUCAGACACGGGGGUCUGUGCAAAUUUAUGACAUAAAUUGACAGAGUGAUUUUCUGAACAGAAAGAGCAGGUUACGAUGGAUUUGCUGAUGACUGGGACAAUGCAUUCGAAUUAGAUUUAGUGACGUUAGAUGAUUGCAGUUGUUUAGAUGAAUGGGAUGAGUUGGAAAGAAAAACUGAAGUGGAUUUGUUACGCAAUGCGGACGAAUUUACUUUGGUUGGUAGAACCUUUUCAGAAAAGCGCGGUUUGUUAUUAUCAUUUGACGAAAAAUGGGUGUCACGAACUAGCGCUUCGCAUUUUGCGUAAAGAAAAGAUUUCAAAUCUUGAUAAGAAGGUAGUUCCAUUGUCGAGUUUAAUUGUUCGAAAGCACAGCGCGUUUUUGUAUCUAAUUUUGAUAAAAUUAAAUAAGAGAGAAUAAAAUCCCAAUUUUUUGUAGGAAGGUUCAAUCCCCUUAAAAUAUUUAGGUUUUCAUUAAACAAAUCCAAAGUGCGACGAAAAUCGAAAGGAGAAUUUAUUUUAAAGUUUACAUUUUGCAUUUCUUUCCAACACGUAAACGCUAACUCGCGCUUAUUGAGGUACCGGGCGAUUAAAGUUUCGUAAGCCUCUCUGUAAAAAAUACCUUGGACAGGAUAAGUACGAAUGAGUCCUAAGGCAUCUCCACUAAGGCUAGAUACUAAAUAAUGCAUAUGUUCUGUGUCUGUGAGUAAUUCAUUAUUGUGCACCAAUGAAUUAAAAAUAUCGUAAUAUUCAGGCCACGAUUUAAUAUGCCCCGAAAAUGUAGGUAAUUGUAAUUUAGGCAAUUUUAACUUAUAAGUACUUGAGCGUUCUAUAGCGGUAGGUAACGAUUGUUUUAAUUGACUUUCAUUUGAAGGAACUAACUGACGGUGCAAAGCCAAUAUGUGAAAAUAUGUUUCAUCAAAUUCGGCUCGUAUGGAAUCUUGCUCCUCAGCUGAGGUAUCAUCAAUAACUGACAAUAUAUCGGAAUGCGAAUCUUCAAAGUUAUCGACUAUUUUUUGCAAUGUAGAAUAAUGAGCAAUAAACAUGUCAAUUUGAGUAGGAUCAGUUUUGGCCAGUUCUGCGACAGCAAACAUCUUCCUCAAACGAUUAAAAGCUAAAGUACGUUUACGGCGCAAUGUCGAUAAAUCGGCGACAGUUAGUCCAUCAUCAAUAGGUAUACAUUUUGAAUUGCGUUUUUUAGCCAUGGUAUCUGGUUUAGAGCGGAGACGAAUAUUGUAUGACAUGUUAGAAAUGUAUAUAAAUUAAAAUAAAAACGAUUUAUUUUGUCCCGGAAAAAUUAAAAAUCACUGUCACCCUACUUUAUUUCCUUAUAGCGAAAAUCAAGUACGGGACGAAGCGUAAUAAUGUAAUAUGGAAAUAGAACAAAUAGAAUCGUUCGUAGGUAAACCAAAAUAUUUAAACGCAAUUUGCAAAAUCUAUAAUGUCAUUUAAGUAUUACGUACUCAGCUGAUUACCGAAAAAAUGCGGUUUAGUUAUCGGUUUAUAUAUUGAAACGCUGUGAAAUCGAUUAAAAUGUUAAUAAAUGACUAAAAGAAUUCAAUAUAUUCAUAUGCCUUUGGUUAAAUUACAAUUUUUUACCAAUAAAAAUAUUAUGAGGUAGUUCAACUAUGAAACUUUUAAUGGAGAAUUUACGUUAAAUUUAAUAAUUUUGAAAAGUAUUUCGAUGAAAUACGAAUUAAAUUGACUAUGUUCAAUGAAAUUAAUAAUUGGGAACUGAGUUUAACUAGAAAAAAUUAAGAAAACAUAUGAAGGUUCGAUUUUAGUUCCCGGGUUUCGGCACCAUAAAAUAUGUAUUGUUAUUGCAAAUACAUAUUGGGGGCAGCCGAUAUAAGUAAUUAAAACGAUUGAAAAGGGGUUGCAACGAGAUUACGAUAAAUACACAAUUACGAAUGGGUUUGCUAAUAGCGUAACGUACUCAUGUUUGAAACCUUUGUCGGAAGCUUGUGGUCCGCGUAAUCUUCUAGCUAGAGGGGCACAUGCACAGCACACACAGUCAUAUAAGAAAUUCACAGUUUGUUCGGUAUACCGCACGUAAAGAUUAUGGUUACACGAUGUUAGCGUGUGCGCGGGCGCGGAAUGGAGUGCCGUAGGUCCUCUCGUGUGAUCAGUGGCUAACUGUCUGCGUUAUACCCGCCAUACACACUACGAUAAAUCGUUACGAUUAAACUGUACAGUCCGAACGGUACCGAUAAAUCGUAGCGUGUAUGUUAUAAAACUGCACAGUUUCCUAUACUAAACGAAAUCGUAUAAACUGUACCGUUCGAACUGUACAGUCUGAUCGUAACGAUUUCUCGUAGUGUGUAUGGCGGGUAUUAGGCUAGUAAAAAACCACAUUCGCAGAUGCAUCGUUCUCGUUGCGAACCUACCCACAUUUAAAAGAAUAAAUAAGUAACCACGAUUAAGUGAUAACGGAACACCAUCCUCUCUACUUCUUUUAAUAUUAGUGAUAACGGAACGUAAUCCUGAAUCAACGUUGCCAAAUCUUGACACUUGACAGUGACAAGACAAAUUUACAUUACUUUUUUUUAUACGAAGAAUCAGAUCAGAGUCCCGGAGCAUAAUCAGUUCACUAAUCACUAGCAUAAAUCUGUGUUCCCGAGCCCGAGGUUUGAGUCGCGCGCGAGUUUCUCACAACGAGAAAUCAUCAAGACGUCACGUUUCAGAUUAACAGCAACCAGAGUCACGUCCGCAGUUGUCAACAGUUUGAAUUCCCAGAGUAAUAAUUUAUCUAACCAAUAUUCUACUUAUUCAAUUGAUCAUAAAAAACUUGGAGUAAUUAUGGCAUCAGAAAAAUUGUUGCCGCAAAUAUUCAAGUUUGUUGAUCAAAAUGUAGAUUCUUAUAAAAAACUUUUAAAAGAUGCAGUAGCUAUUCCAUCGGUAUCGUGUGAUGUUAAAUACCGGGAUGACUGUAUACGUAUGGUGCACUGGAUGCAGGACAAAUUAAAAGAAGUUGGUGCAAAAACUGAAUUAAGAGAUGUCGGCUUCCAGACAAUUGAUGGAAAGGAGGUUAAAUUGCCUCCCGUUCUUGUUGGCACUUUGGGUAAUGAUCCUAAAAAGAACACAAUAUGUAUUUAUGGCCACUUAGAUGUACAACCAGCUUUGAAGUCUGAUGGAUGGGAGACUGAACCGUUUGAUCUACAAGAGAGAGAUAAGAAACUUUAUGGUAGAGGAUCCACUGAUGAUAAAGGACCUGUUCUUGGGUGGCUCCAUGCUAUCAAUGCAUACAAAGCUGUAGGAGAAGAGCUACCUGUGAAUUUGAAGUUUGUGUUUGAAUGUAUGGAAGAGUCAGGUUCUGAGGGUCUAGAUGAACUGCUUAUAGAACAACUUAAACCAGAGGGUUUCUUCAAGACCGUGGAUUAUGUAUGCAUAUCUGAUAACUACUGGCUUGGAACAACAAAGCCUUGCAUUACAUAUGGCCUUAGAGGAAUUAGUUAUUAUUUCCUUGAAGUGGAAUGUGCCAAAAUGGACUUACAUAGUGGGGUUUAUGGUGGCACAGUUCAUGAGGCUAUGUCUGACUUAAUUUAUCUAAUGGAUCAAUUAGUAGACAAAGAUGGUAAGAUUCUGAUUACUGAUAUCUACAAGUCGGUUGCUCCCUUGACAGAAAAUGAGAAAAAAUUAUAUACUACCAUUGAUUUUGAUCCUGAGGCCUAUAGACAGUCAAUUGCGGCUCAUAAACUAGCUCAUAAUGGAGUGAAGGAACAGUUGUUGAUGCACCGCUGGAGGUACCCUAGUUUAUCUUUGCAUGGCAUUGAAGGUGCUGCAUUUCAACCUGGUGCUAAGACUGUCAUCCCAGGCAAAGUAAUUGGUAAAUUCUCAAUAAGACUGGUGCCAAAUCAAGAGCCAGAAGAAAUAGAAAAGCUGGUAUUUGAUUAUGUCAACAAAAAGUGGCAGGAGCGUGGAUCCCCCAACAAGAUGCGCAUCAGUGCGCAGAGCGGGCGCGCGUGGACCGAGAACCCUGACCACCCGCAUUACCAGGCGGCGGCGCGCGCCACCAAGCUCAUCUACCAGACUGACCCGGACAUGUCUCGCGAGGGAGGCUCUAUCCCCGUGACUAUCACGCUGCAGGAGGCGAGCGGCAAGAACGUGCUGCUGCUGCCCAUGGGCGCCGGGGACGACAUGGCGCACUCGCAGAACGAGAAGAUCAACGUGCGCAACUACAUAGAGGGAAUAAAAUUAUUUGCUGCAUACUUGUACGAAGUUGGAAAACUACCAAAAUGAAGACAGAGCAACAAUUGCAACGAAAGAGUGAAUACACUAUCAUAAUAAUGGCAUACAAUAACUAUUAAUCAUUUAUGUAAGAUAAUCAAGUACAGAUAUAUACAAUGGCAUUGAUGCAUUCCUUUAUAAAAAGUACAAUUCUUAUUUCGCAUUGUGUGUUUUGUACAACACAUAAUAUUUUUUACAUAAUUGUCAUUGAAAGACCAGUGCCUUAGUUACGAUUUCAUAAGAUAAUGUAGCUGCGAUCCUUACAUAAUAUAUUUUUUUUAUUCCUUUUGGUAUUGCAAUAUUAAUAAUUAUGUUAAAAUAAAAUGUUUUCAUUUUUAAUGUUUUAUCAGUUAAUUUUCCUAUUAAU